CUCUCACACCACAAACCCACAUCACUCUUCUUCAUUUUCACUUGAUCAAGCCACUCUCAAAGCUCCACAAAAAUGCUUAACCAGCUUCUCUCACCACCACUACCUCUCCUCCUACUUCUCAUCACCUUCUUCUCCCUCCAUUCCCCCACACUCUGUGCUCAGCCUCCAGCUGCCACACCAGCCCCAUCACCACCACCACCACCACCAGGCCCUCCCAACAUCACCGCCAUCCUCGACAAAGCCGGCCACUUCACAACCCUAAUCCGACUCCUGAAGCGCACCCAAAUGGACGAUCGGAUUUACAAACAACUCAACCAUUCCGACUCCCUCACCAUAUUUGCACCCACGGAUGAUGCCUUUUCGAACCUCAAAGCAAUAAAUCUAAACUCAUUCACCGAUCUUCAACAAAUUCAGCUCAUACAGUUCCAUGUAGUCCCUUCUGCCAUUCCCUUAUCAGAGUUCGAAAUGGUGAGUAAUCCACUUAGCACUGAGGCCGGUGACAAUACUGGAAGUCAGUUCCCUCUGAAUGUGACGACGUCAGAGAAUCAGGUGAAUGUGACAACAGGGGUCGUCAACACAACGGUGUCUGGCACUGUGUAUGCUGAUAACCAGCUGGUGGUGUAUCAGGUGGAUCAAGUCUUGCUUCCGUUGCAUUUUUUCCCAGCUGCGUCACCAGCUCCAUCACCAGCCUCCAAAGCGGAGAAGGAGGUUCCGACUGGGCCCAAAAUUUCGGGUGCGAAUGCAAUGGGUGAGAUGAUUCAUCAUGGACGCGAUGCAGUGGUUUUUGUAGUUUCUGUUUUCAUUGCUGUGUUUUGUUUGUGUGUUUGAAUUGAGUUGAGAGAGAUGGUCGGUGUUCAUUGGAUUUUGGUGUGGCAGUGCUGUUAUGUUUUCUCUUGAACCAAAUGGUUGUUGCAACUAAACUCUCUGCCUAAAAUUAUAGGCAGAAUAAGAGCAAUUGGAUUCGUGGAAGCUA